UUCUUGAGGGAGGGUUCCAGAACAUGGUUCCCAGUUAAUAGAUGAUAGAAUUUGCACAAGAACUGGGCAAAGGUGAAAGAGCCGCGUCCUGUCCCAAAUCUCAUUCCUUCGUUCUGCUUCAUUGACACCCCAACCACCUCCCCACUCCAGGCAGCUAACUUCACCCAAACUCUGACCUCUUACUUUACUUAAUUCUGGCCCAGGGCAGUCAACACAAGACGAAAGGCAGGACCCCAUGAGCCGAUCACACCCACAUCCCAUUCAACUCCAAUUGGUGGGCUCCCAGGAUGCCAGGGCUCCCCUGCCACCACGGCCUGCUGUCCAAAAUCCCUCUUCCCACUCUUGGGCCUCUCUAUGUGGGCCUCCUCCCUGGGGCCUUGGCUGUCUUCUGGCUUUGCAGCAUAUUUUGGUCCUGGCUUCUCUGCUCUGUGCCUCCCACCUGCUUCUGCUUCGAAGCCUACCCCCAGGAGGACUCUCUUACUCCCCUGCCCACCUCCUGGCCUCCAGCCUCUUUUCAUGUGGUGUGUCUACCAUCCUGCAAACUUGGAUGGGCAGCAGGUUGCCUCUUGUCCAGGCUCCAUCCUUUGAGUUCCUUGUCCCUGCUCUGGUGCUGACCAACCAAAAGCUGCCUUUGGCCAUCCAGACACCUGGAAACUCCUCCCACAUACUGCACCUGUGUGAGGGGCCUGGCUGCCGUAGCCUGGAACUCUGGAACACUUCUCUCCGAGAGGUGUCUGGGGCAGUGGUGGUGUCUGGGCUGCUGCAGGGCACGCUGGGACUGUUGGGAGCUCCUGGCUACUUGUUCCUCCACUGUGGACCCCUGGUGCUGGCCCCCAGCCUGGUUGUGGCAGGACUCUCUGCUCACAGGGAGGUGGCCCUGUUCUGCUCUGGUCACUGGGGGCUGGCCUUGCUGCUUAUUCUGCUCAUGGUGGUCUGUUCUCAGCACCUGGGCUCCUGCCAGUUACCCCUAUGCCCCUGGAGACCAGCUUCAACCUCUUCAACUUGCACUCACAUCCCUGCCUUCCGGCUCCUCUCGGUACUGGUCCCAGUGGCUUGUGUGUGGAUCAUCUCUGCCCUUCUGGGUCUCAGCCCCCUGGAGCUGUCUGCCCCCACUGAGUCACCGUGGUUUUGGCUGCCUCGCCCAACUGAGUGGGUCUGGCCCUUGCUGACGCCGCGGGCUCUGGCUGCAGGCCUCUCCAUGGCCUUGGCCACCACCAUCAGCUCCCUGGGCUGCUACGCCCUGUGUGGCCGGCUGCUGCAUCUGCCUUCUCCACCUCCACAAGCCUGCAGUCGGGGUCUAAGCCUGGAGGGCCUGGGAAGUGUGCUGGCUGGGCUGUUGGGGAGCCCCAUGGGCACUGCAUCCAGCUUCCCCAACAUGGGCACAGUGAGUCUUUUCCAGGCGGGAUCUCGGCGAGUGGCCUGCUUGGUGGGGCUGCUCUGCAUGGGGCUUGGUCUCUCCCCAAGGCUGGCCCAGCUCCUCACCACCGUUCCGCUGCCUGUUCUUGGUGGAGUGUUGGGCGUGACCCAGGCCGUGGUUCUGUCUACUGGACUCUCCAGCUUCCACCUGGCUGACAUUGACUCUGGGCGGAAUGUUUUCAUUGUUGGCUUCUCCAUCUUCAUGGCCCUUCUGCUGCCAAGGUGGCUUCGUGAAGCUCCAGUCCUGCUGAGCACAGGCUGGAGUCCCUUGGAUGUGUUACUUCGCUCACUGCUCGCAGAGCCCAUCUUCCUGGCAGGACUCUUGGGCUUUCUCCUAGAGAAUACCAUUCCUGGCACACGGCUUGAGCGAGGCCUGGGUCAAGGGCUACCGCCCCCUUUCAUUGCCCAAAAGGCCUGGAUGUCUCAGAAGUCCAGGGGGAAGGCUGCUCAAGAGUAUGAGCUUCCUUUCCCCCUCCAAAACCUGUGUCCCUGCAUCCCCCAGCCCUUCCGUUGCCUCUGCCCACUGCCUGAAGACCCUGGGAAUGAGGAAGGAGGGCCCACUGAGCCAGAAGAGACAGUUGACUUGCUGCCUGGUUUGGGGGAGCAGUGCCCCAGGUCUUACAGAGAAGAACUUAGAUCCCAUUAAUUGCAGGACUCAUACUUCUGCCCUGGUUAGAUUGCCCUAUCUCCCAGCUUGCUGGAGAGUCAACUCCCAGGCUCUACUUUCUCCUAGGGAGUGUGUG